GGGAAAGGGGCAUGGAGGGAGGGAGAGGUGGGCUGUCCCCGCCGGCGCCAUGUGAUGCCCUCUCCUCCCCGGCCUCCCCCGGCCCUCCCCUCCCCGCCGCGGCGCGGAGCAUCCCCGAGGCCGACGGCCGCGUCCCGUCGCCGGAGCAGCGCCCGCGGGGCCGCUUUUAGGGUUGGAUCUCCCAGGUGGAGCAGCAGGAGGCUCCUUGGUGUCAUCCAGAGAGGACUCUGACCUGCAGCAUUGCCAUCCCCAUCGUGUCCUUCACACCCGCUGAGCCCCACAGGUGAGAGGGCAACAAGGAGGAGGCCCCACCAGAGCUGGGUAGGAGCUGCGGAUGCAAAGACCUGUCUGCCAUCCCCCUGUCCUUGUGUCCCUGCAUUGUGCAGCCCUCCUGUGAGUCAAUUGGAGAAGGAGAGCCAAGGCUGUGCCCUCUCUGACGGUCCAGGAGCUCUCCUCUGCCCACUGCCAAAGCCACGCUGCUCCCUGCUCCUCCUAGAGCUAUCCAGCAGCCGAAACAUCCAUCAAGGACCCUCCAGAACCUGAGCUUCCCACCUUCACAGCCAACUUCACAGGUUUUCCACUUGCCAAACCAUUGCUUCAGCUGGGGUUAAACAAGCUCGACCUAUAUAAGAACGGAGGGCAGAGGGCAAAGCUUUGACACAUCCAUCCCCAAAAAGCUGCAGACGGCUCCUUGCCAACAGCUGCAUCCCCGCUCCCGGCAGCCACCGCCUCGGCCCCCUAUGCUGUUGGGGAUGAGUGCCUGCAGCAGGAAGGCACUGACCCUGCUCAGCAGCGUGUUCGCUGUCUGCGGCCUCGGCCUCCUGGGCAUCUCUGUCAGCACUGACUACUGGCUCUACCUGGAGGAGGGCAUCGUCCAACCCCAAAACCAGACGGCUGAAAUCAAGCUGUCGCUGCACUCGGGGCUCUGGAGGGUCUGUUUUCUGGCAGGUGAAGAGCAUGGCCGGUGCUUCACUAUUGAAUACAUCAUGCCCAUGAACAUCCAGCUGACGUCUGAAUCCACAGUCAAUGUCCUGAAGAUGAUCCGCUCUGCCACCCCCUUCCCUCUGGUCAGCCUCUUCUUCAUGUUCAUCGGCUUCAUCCUGAGCAACAUCGGCCACAUUCGGCCUCACAGGACCAUCCUCGCCUUCGUCUCCGGGAUAUUCUUCAUCCUGUCAGGUCUGUCCUUGGUGGUGGGGCUGGUCCUCUACAUAUCCAGCAUUAACGAUGAGAUGCUGAACAGGACCAAAGACUCGGACACGUUCUUCAAUUACAAAUAUGGAUGGUCGUUUGCUUUCUCUGCGAUCUCAUUCCUUCUCACAGAGAGUGCCGGGGUGAUGUCCGUGUACCUCUUCAUGAAGCGAUACAUGGCCGAGGACAUCUACCGACCUCACCCCAGCUUCUACCGUCCCCGUCUGAGCAACUGCUCCGACUACUCAGGGCAGUUCUUGCACCCAGAUGCAUGGGCGCGGGGACGGAGCCCUUCGGAUAUCUCCAGCGAGGCCUCCCUGCAGAUGAACAGUAACUACCCCGCUCUGCUCAAGUGCCCUGACUACGAUCAGAUGUCCUCAUCCCCAUGCUGAGCCCUACCAGCCUUGCGCCUGCUCCCACCCAAGCACCGAUGGUUGCUGACUCUGUCAUUGGUUUUUAGGCCACUCUUUCAGGGCAAUUCUCUAUUUAUAGGAGUGUAAAUAUAACCAGGGAGAUUGGUUAUAUAACCAUCAAUGAAAUCCAGAGAAUUGGGAUAUUUUCCUUUGGUUUUGUGGCUUUUUUUUUUGUUUUAAUUCUUCCCUGCACAACUAAAAGCUUUCCAAAGUCCUUUUCCUUCAGCUCAUCCUGCUGAGCAAACAGCAGUUCUGCCUGCGGGAUAAAUCCAGGGCUGGACUCAGGAGCAGAAAAAAGAAAACAGAGUAGAACUAAAGGGGAAAAUAAAGUAUUUUUUGGUUUAGGUAGGCUGCAGAAGUUUGUGCACUUGACAGUAUCAUUUAAUUCUAGAUUCACUGGCCUAAGUGUAACAGGCAUCAAAGAUUGGUGUAAAUCUCCAAGAAAUAGCCGUCAUUAGAAAAAUAUAGAUUUUUGUAUUGAUUCAAUAUUCACUGGUUACAUCUGUCCUUGCCAGACACCACUUUUAACCAGGCUGUAAUGGGAAAUAAUCAUCUUUCUCAACUAUACCUCAGCAGGCUUAGACACAAGCAGCUUGUUGUUUCACUAUGGCCACUUGCAAACUGUUGCUUAAAUAUCCUGUGUUAGACUGGAGGCACUACAGCCCUGGUGUGUUCAGGCUGCUGGGGUGGCUGAAAUUAAUGGCACUAGUAGCGCAAAGUAGUUGGCUUAUAUUUCAUUUUGGCAAGAAAAUGGUAUUUUAGCUGCUCUUUUUGUCUGUGUAUACACCUUAUUUUGAGGUUUUAAGUUGUAAAUUUCAUAUGAUGCCUUGGCGUUUUGGUCUUAGACAGCUGCCAGGGUGAGAGCAUCACUCUGAUUGAAAACAAAGGGCAGGGAAGGAAAAGGCUGGGCUCCUUCGUGUGCUCCUAUGCAAGCCAUGAGCUUGUCACCUUGUGGGAGAAAAAGUUUUGCCCAAACUUUGUUUCUAUUCCUGUUAUUUUAGCAUUUCUGAAAAAGAAACCCCUCCUCCAGGGAUUCUUGCUAUAUUUGAGCUUGUUUCGUCUUACUGUAAUUAAAACAAAUAGAAUAUACGCACUUUUAACCUCAUUUGUAGCAUACCGUGUAAUGAAUGCUGCACCUCUUUGUUAAUAUUUAAUGUUUAAUGAUUCAUAUUUAAUAUUUAUAAGCUACUCUAAAGGAGGGUCCAAGCCCUGGCACAGCACCACUAUUUGCAUCAACUCUGACACCCAUCCCGUGGGACCUUGCUGCAGGCAUAUAUCCAGCCAACUCUUUAACAGGAUUAUUUCUUGUCCCGUUUCUUCAGAUAAACAUGUAAAGUGUAUGUAGUAUCACUGACUCCUAAUUUUCUAAGUUUAAAAACCAGGGCAUCAUUUUGUAGACACAGUUGUAUUUAUCUUUAGUUUUAAUAUUACCUUCAAGCAUCUGUGUUCUCAUUUUAAAACCCAGUUUGUAAGCGCUUACGUGACAAGUUCGCUGCUAGGAAGGUUCCAGCAUUAAAGCACAGCCCAGCCCCACCAUCCAGCAACAAAGCUUGCUGAUCCUCAUCUGUUUGCCCCAGCCAGAUUAACCUGAGAUCUCUAUGUUUGGUAUGAAUUAGGCUCCAAGAAAGCCCUGGAGUUCAUGCGUGAUGACCUUGCAUUUCCCAGAGCCCAAUAUAGUUUGCUGGGCUUGAUGUUAGUGGUUUCUGGUGGCUCAGGAACAAUUGCCUUUGCAUCUUCACCUUGAUGGAUCCUUUAUAUUCUCAGUCCUUUGUGGAAGGGAGACCUUUAGGAUCACUGAAAUCACUGAUGCUUAGAAGCAAGAGUGCUGUCCCACACAGCUACUUUCCUCUGCACUGGGGAGUUGUUUAGUGUGGUUAAUCCUGUACAGCAUCAUGAGAAUUCCCUGUUCCCAAGUGGAAUUUUCCUUUGUACUGGUUAAAUUCAGAAUUGUCCAUUUUAUGAGUUGAUUGUCUACAUAAUCAGAAGGUGUGGGGGAAAAAAAGCCAUGCCUUCCUCAAGGCCCCAGAACGUUUCACAGAGUCUAGGGGGGAAAAUAAUGAUUUUAAUUCAUUGGAGAGAUUGUCAUUGUGUGGCUGCGUUUGUAAGCCCAGGAGUUCGCACGUUCACACAGCGAGCGCAAGCCUUUCAUAAGUACAGGACUGCCAAAAGAAAUCUGUCAAAGUAAGCCUUUGCUGUUCAUUCAGUAAAUGCUGGUUUGGGGCAGGAAAACGCGGUGCUUAGUCAAUCACAGGCAACAGUGGUUGUGCUGUCCAGUGGUGUUGCUGUCCCUCUAACAGUGUAUGGCAUGGCAGCAGCUCUCAGCAUGGGCCUCUAGUUGCAAGUAUCACAUCGUCAUUGGCUGUGCAGAAACUUCUCUAGACCCUCUGAGGCAUGAAGACAUGAAUGAGGUAUGGGUGAGAUGGUGGGAUGAGCUGCAGAGCCCAGCCACCCUGCGAGGUCCUUCCCUGAGCAUCACUCUGUGGCUGAUGUUCUCCACAGCAAUAAAUGCUCAGUGAAUAAAUGAAGUACCCCCUUAGGACACCUAAUCGUCAUUUAAACACCUCUUGUAGUCAUCUGGUGUGGUUUCACACAGGUUGUGCCACAUCCUUCUCCCCUUGAAUAACCACCCAGUUAUUCCUGGUUGAAUAUUCCUGGUGGUUAUUCCAACCACCAGGUUGCUUCCUUUGGCCUCUCUCCCACCCCUAUUUCAGUGCUGGCCUCCUGCUAUGUUCUUUCUGUGCCUGUUGCUUGGAUUGCAAUAAAUAAAAAGUAGAGUUUGAGGAUAAACUAGCAAUUAAAUUAGAGUCCUUAAAUUCACCCAACAGGCCGAGUCAAGCUGCUCAUGGACCCAUAGCAAGGUAAUUGGUCAGCUGACACUUCCCAGAAAAUGGUUUGUGCUUAAAAGCAAAAACCCCUUGUUUUGCAUGAAUGACUAAUUGGUGCCAGACUCUUUGUGCAUGCGGCUGCGCCUACUUGAACCAUAGUGUUAGAGCAAAUUACUGGGAUUAAGGGUUAAAUAAAAACUUGGUGCUUCCUGAGCCACGCACCGUUCGCUGCUCCCUGGCGCUGCUCAGGAUUGCAGCGAGAUGAAGCUUUUUCUAUCCUGCCAUCAGCCUCCCACCCAGCACACACAUCCAUCCUUGCAGCCUGGGUACCAUAUGGAUUUCACAGCACCAGGAGAGAUGGAUGGUAACUGAAGAAGCUGUACAUGGGAGGUGAGUGAGCCCCCAGCCCGCACUGGUUGGGAAGACAGUGUUCUGAGACCUCCUUGGGAAUCUCCUGGGAGCCAGCCUCCCACUGUGUGUUUGGGGCUUUUUAAAGCAAAUUCCCUUUCUGCAAGCCCAGGGAGGCAUUCUGUGGUCUGUAUGUCCCAGAAUAUGAAAGCUCCUCUCUGCUAGCUUCUCCCUCCUACCCCUAGAAUGUGAUUUCCUCAUUGCACCUUACACCAUGUCAUUCCCAUGGCCCCAGGUGUGAUGGGACCCUGGUGGCAAUAGGCUCCAUUUGCUCAUUAGUUAGGAGUGUCCUGAAACCCUUAAUUGAAUCAUGAGGUAUAGAUGCAUUAGAUUCAUUAGAGACCAAUCAUGAGCAGUAAUUAAGUAGCUAGGAAUAAUGAGGCUGUGCUGGGUCAUGUUCUCCCUCAGUUGCUGCUGGAGCAGCUUGUGGCUCCAGAGCCCUUUUUUGCAUUGGGGAAAAAAGUAUCAUUUUACAUAUGUAAAUCAAAAAUCUUGUAUAAAUCAUAUAUAUAUAAAUAAUAGGGAUAACUGAAAUGUCCUUCAGCGCUGCUUCUCUUGCACUGAUGUUGCUAGUGGACAUGAGGAGCCAUUGGGAAGGUUGAGGUGAGGCACGAGCCUAUGCUGGGUAGUAGCCUCCUCCCUGCAGGGUUGCAGACCAAGAGCAUCACUGAGCCGUUUUGGCUGCUGGCGAAGCUGCUGCUGUGGUAAGUUGACGUUUGGGUAGAUGUUUUGGGGCAACCUGGUUCUGCUCUUGCCUGGGAGGAUGACAUGGAGCUCAGGAGGGCAGGGGGAGAGCACAUCGCUACAGCUGGGGAGGCACCAGAUGAAGCUUACUGUUGCUUCUCCUGGACACAGGACUGAGGGCCUGUACCCUUUCAUCAGCUUCAAGCAGGCAAGACCCAAAGGUAUUCUGUAAGGAUGGGUUUCAGCUGUGCGUCUCUGUGGUAGCAUAAAGAACUGACUCAGGCAGAGCGUGUGCAGUUUGGGGAUUUCUAGUACACAGUGCUCUGCUUGCAAGUCCUUGCACUGUAUUAUUAAUACUAUUUGUCAGGGUUGUGUAUUCAUUUUCCCAAAUGUGAGUUAGCCCCAUGGGGUCUUCAAGGUGUGCAAAGAAAUUAAAUAGCCUUAUUUCUCCCUGCUGGUAGCUUGUUAGCUGUGCAGAACUGGCAUGCUCAUGGUGGGGAUGCUGUGUGAGAAGGCAAAAUAUUCACCCAAAUAAAUACUCCUCCACUAAUGAGAAGUAGCUGAGAGAUAUUUAUUUUCUUCUUGUUCCUUCCUUAUGAGAUUUCUUUAUUUACUUCCAUUUUUUUUCCCCACCACAGAAGACUGAUAUUCAAACCUAGCUAGAAAAAAUAGCAUUUUUCCUUCUCACUUUUCUUGUCCAGUUUUAGGGCUUCUUGGAGGGGUCCCCUUCACCCUGCUGCAGUAUCUCUUGCUGCAUGGGUCAGGUUGUUCUGCCAGCUCUUUCUCCAUGAGAACCACAUUAUGUCUUUAACUUUCCUAUGCAACUUGGCUGCGCCAUGGCUGUCCUGCACACAUUAAAGUUGUGGCUCCUUGCAUGGGGAGCAGGGUGUCCCCAGCACCCCAGUGUGUGCCACCCCACAUGCCCUGCCAUGGUGAGGGUCCUUGGCUGACCUGUCCUCGACGCACUGCAGGGUUUUUGUCUGUCAUUGCUGUGUAGAUAUCAAAUUGCUGUUCCCAUGGAUACAGAAGAUUACAGAAAGGGAAGAGCUGCCUCUUUGCUUUAUCUUCGUGUAAGGUUUUAUAUACCUUAGAUGUUGGCUUGUGGCGAGUAUAAUGAGUAGGUGAUGGCUGCGGUGAUUGCCCUGUAUAUCCUUAAUUGCAAACCAGCCCCCCCAGAUGUAACACUUGAAAGGAAAGGAGAGGUGGCUCUGAAUGGCAUGGGACUAUCCAUCACCUGGCCCUUCUCAUGGCUGCAGAAUGUGGGAUUAGCAAAAUAUAUGCCCAGGUCAUCACACUGAUUUUUGGUGAUGGGCACUGCAGUGCUGAAUACGCUGAUAUGUUGCUGAUAUGUUGUGCCCCCAUGUCCCUACAGGUGAGGCAUGAAGGGCUUUUAGCCAGACAGUCACACUGGCUUGUGCCACAAAUGAUUUCAGUGGAAACAGGGGUGGAUGAAGAGGAAAUGACACUGUCAGCACUGCUGUGCUAUAGCCUGGUGCCCAUCACUGCAGCAGCUGCAGUCAGAGUGUAGCAUCGCUGUGCCAACAUCCCUCCUGUUUUCAUAUCACUUCACCUCUGAUCUGGUCAAUUCGGUCUACUAGUAAAUUUGUAGGGGAAAGAUUCUUUAUUAUUAUUACUAUUAUUACAAUUUAUAAAGCAGAAAAGCAGUAUUUCAACAAAAAGUUUAGCCCCACUCCACUGUGUUUUCAGGCUUCUACCCCAGGAGCUGUGUUUGAGGAAUACAUUGGCUCUAACUGGAUGUUUUCAAGCCCUGAGCAGUUUGUACUGUGGUUUUCUGCAGGCUCUGUCUGGCAUUUUUAAUCAAACCAUCUCAGAAAUCCCCAAGCCUCACCCCUCUCUCCAUUUCCAGUGAUUCAGCUCAGUCUGCUCACAGGGCUGCCAUUUAAACUGGAUUCCAUUUAAACUGCUCAUUUUUGAACAAGGUCCCUACUACCACAAGUCCCAGCUACCACCCAGCACCUGUAAAUCUGCAUGUAGACAAAUCAGACCUAAGAUUCAGCUCCCCGUUGCUAAUCAACAAAGUGUGUAGGCACAUGCUGAAAUCUCUUGGACCCCAGCAGAAUCCAAAACAGAGCCAACAUAAGCCCAAGUGAAGCUCUGCUGAACCAGAUCUGCCUUUGUUUUAAACCAUGUUUAAAAGCACCUGGUAUUGGGCUCCUGUGAUAGAGGAGCUGGAAGGCAUAAAAAAGGAGAUGGUAAAGAGACAGAACCAUAAAUUUCUUGUUUUCUUAUAGUGAAAAUAUACAUCUUUAAAGAGGUGUGUGUUCAUGAAAAUCUAACCCUGAGGUUCUCACAUCUGCCUGGCAUCUUGACACACACCAGCUUCCCACUGCAACUUCAGGGGAAAAGCUGCUGAGAAAGUUGAAAGGUGUUAUUUAAUUAAUAACAGCUAAUUUGACUAAGUACCAAAAUGUCACUCAGCUGCUCUGGAGGUGAUUUCACCUACGUGGGGAUGUUUCUGAAGCCAGGGGACACUGUCAGUGUCAUGCACACGACAAGGAACAGCGGUGUCUUAAGUCUCAGCAUGCUGCCAUGUCAGCGCAGGUCAGACCCUGCUCAUUUCUCUAUAUUUAAUAAGUAAAUCUAUGGUAUUUAGGUUUAGCAUAACUGAGUGCUGUGUGGGCCUUAAUGCUGGUUUAAUCUGUCUCCGGCUCAGCUCAUCAAAGGCUGCUGAAGUGAGGGGAUAAGUGAGGCAUCCCUGGCAAUUACCAAGGCUGUAUAACACCCAGCCAACAUCUUACAUUGAAAUAGUAAGUCUUUUAAAGAUGCCUUACUUCAUACUAGGCAAGUUCAAAUAUCUGAGUGAAAGCUCUUAGUUACCCUUGAAAACCAAACUAUGAUUUAUUUUAGCAGGAAUUACAGGAUUUGUUUCUUGAGAGAGAAUCCCCAUUUCCUGUUGUGCUUUAUGAACUUUGGAAUGAUCUGUGUUUGUCCAGGACAAUAGGAUUAUAUAUUAUUUAGUAUUAUUAUUCAUAAUUUAGAUAGAGAGGGUCUCUCUAGCAGUGCAGAACACAUACAUACAAAAUCCCUAUCAAAUUAUUUCCAUAUAAAUUAUGUACUGUCAAAACUGCUCUACUGAUCUGAAGGUUAAAGGCUUCAUCAUGCAAAUGCAGCAGCUCCCCAUCACUUCAAUCAGAAUGUGAUUAUUUACAGAAAAAAGCAUUGUGGAUUUCCUAUUGAUGUGCUUCAGCAGCUCUGUCUGACUUAGAACAGCUGAAAUAAAUGAAAUCAAAAGACAAA